UACCUGUAUAUAAAACAUGACAGUGUAUAAAUUAAAAAAGGAAUCUGUGCAUUGCUGUUAAAUAUUUGAGUCAUAAGAGAUGAGUUGAGGGAAUUAGUCUUUAGUUUAGUAUAAAUUUUUGUUUUGUGAUGGAAGAUAGCGGGAUUGACAGUGACCCAAAAACUACUAAUAUAGAAGAUGAAAGGCUUUUUCUGGGAAGUGAUAGUAGUUGUAGCAGCAAUCAGACACAAACAUCACAACAUAAUUCUACUACUAAACAGUUGCAAAGAAAGCUUGAGGCUCGAAUUGAACAAGCUAAACGUAUUCAACGUAAUUCAGAUUAUGUAAAGUUGCCAAAAUAUGAUAAGGGAUCUGGGGGUGGUAGUAGUACUGCUGGUUUGAUAUCAAUUCAAAGACUUCCUGUACCAAAUAAAAAUAAAGAACAUCUUCCUCUUGUUGAAUAUUGGCAUAGUGACAGUGAAAGUGAAGGUGAAAUGACUCUUUUUCCAACAACUAAAUUAAAAGAAUCUUCAAAGCACAAACAAGAUCUUACUGACACAUUUAGCAUUGAAGAGCUGAGUGAUGAGAGCGAGGAUUCUUUGAACUUAGGACCUGCACAAUCUUCUCCAGAACUCAAAUUUAUGAAAUCUUAUGGAUGUACUAGUGAUUGCUUCCGUUGUCAGUGCCAGAUAUUGUAA